CAAACGUCACGUGUGGUCACGCGGCUCAGGUCAUGUGACCGGUUGUGCUGGCCUGGAGCUUCGUCGCUACUCUCGGAUGUCUGAAGCUCGGUUUGGAAAGUUUUAUUGAAGUGAUUCUGUGGAUUACCUCCAGCAUGGCCGAUGAUUUGAAGCGUUACCUGUAUAAACAGCUCCAGAGCGUUGAAGGUCUGCAUGCUGUGGUGGUGACAGACCGAGACGGCGUUCCUGUCAUCAAAGUUGCCAACGACAACGCUCCAGUUCACGCCCUCAGACCUGGCUUCCUGUCCACCUUCGCCUUGGCCACAGAUCAAGGCAGUAAACUGGGCCUGUCCAAGAACAAGAGCAUCAUCUGCUACUACAACACCUACCAGAUUGUGCAGUUCAACCGGUUGCCGCUGGUCAUUAGCUUUAUUGCUAGCAGCACCGCUAACACAGGUCUCAUCAUGAGUCUGGAGAAGGAUCUGGCUCCUCUAAUAGAGGAUCUGAGGCAGGUGGUGGAGGUCACAUAGUCUGGAGUCCCACCCAGUGUGUCCUGCCACCCUCUCAGGGAGUCUGUUCUCUCCUGUUCCAAUCUUUCUCUGUGGAAAUCUAAAUAAAGUGUCAUCUUCAACCCCUCA